GAAGUAGAAGUAAGUGGUCCUUUGUUGAGAUAGAACGUCUAUUUGUGAGUAGUUAUUUGUUAAUUUAAUAGUGAUAAAGAUGUACUUGUAGAGAUAAACUUUUAUAGGAAAAAAUUCUGUUAUAUUAUAAUAAAGGACAAGUGACAGAUCCAAUACUCUAUUGUAAGUGAUUAAAUAGAUACAUGCAAAAUGGCAAAAUUUUCAAGACGGUCGAACGAUGCGGUACAGUGGUUUAUGAAUGAGUUAACGUCUCGUAUAGUCGCCGAGACCGGAAUACCAAGCGAUCGGUUCCACCUGGGGAAGAUCAUAUUACAGAGCUUCAAAGACGACCCUGACUUUGUGAUGAUGAUCGAUGGAGCAACAGGAGAAUCGAUCACGUACGGAGAGACCUUGGAGAGAUCAGUGCGAUGUGCCAUUGCUUUUAAAAACAUGGGCUUAGAAACUGGUGACGUCAUAAUUUUGAUGGCUCCUAGCCAUGUGGAUCUCUCGAUUCCGUUCUAUGCAGCUUUUUAUCUCGGCAUUAUUAUUGCUGCAGUUGACAGAACUCUGGGUGUCACGGAACUUCGAAAUUGUUUUAAUGUGGAUAAACCUAAAGUAGUGUUCUGCCAAAGCGAAAAGGCUCCAGAUAUACAAUUGGCUUUAAACGAUUUAGAGAUGGAUACGAAAAUAAUAACGUUCGACAAAGGAGACUAUCUUUGCAGUUUCUCCGAGUUUCUAGAAGAAUAUGGUGAUGAAACUCCUACUGAAGAUUUCAAGCCAAACGAUUUUGAUCCUGAGGAGGCUAUAGCACUUUUGGUGGCAACUAGUGGCACCACUGGUCUACCCAAAGCUGCAGCUGUUACUCAUAAAAAUCUUAUUAUAACAAACCCACAUUUAUGGUCUAGACACUUCAAUUUUCCUACGCCCACUCGCUUGGCUUUAGUUGGUUCUCCACUACAGUGGUUGACAGCAAUCAUGCAAUUUAUUACGUGUCCGAUUGUAAAAAUCACCCGACUGCAAACUUCGCUUCAACUGACGCCGGAACACGCUUAUCAUCUUAUUAAUACGUAUCGGCCAACAUUCACGGUUUUAUCACCAACAUUCAUAACGACACUUAUAAAACCCGGAAAUAGAGAUCAGUGUGACUUUACAUGUUUCGAGCAAAUUUACCUCGCUGGUAGUGCUGUACCUCCGGAACUUGUUGACGAAAUAAAUGCAAUAUCUCCAGAAACCGAAGUAGUCAACGCUUAUGGAAUGAGUGAGCUGACCAGCAUUGGUUUUAAUGUUGACUAUCCACCUCCUGGGUCCUGUGGGAAACCUUUAGGAUGCUUCGAAUACAGGUUAAUAAAUGUUCAAAAUAAUGAAGACGUAUUGGAGCCCAACGUACUUGGAGAACUCUGGGUAAAAGGACCAGGAAUUUUUAAAGAGUACUACAACAAUCCUGAGGCAACAGCUGAAGUAUUUGCUGAAGAUCGUUGGUUCAAAACUGGCGAUACAUUUUACAGGGAUGACAAUUGGAACUACUUCUUCGUAGAACGGAUUAAAUUGCUAUUAAAAUAUAAGAGUUUUCAGAUAUCGCCAGUGGAAGUAGAAGGUGUCAUCCGUCAGCACCCUGGUGUGCUGGACGUGGCUGUGACUGGCAUACCAGAUCCUGAGUGUGGUGAUUUGCCUGUUGCUUGUGUCGUUCCUCGACCAGGAUACGAGGUUACUGCGCAAGAUAUUAAGGAUUUAGUACAAGAGUCAUUGUCUGAUGCAAAACAAUUGAGAGGCGGUGUGAUAUUCGUGACAGAAAUACCAAUGACCGCCUCCACGAAAGUGCACCGAAGGAAACUGAAGGAAAUGGCUCUUCAGGUCGAGAGAGAAUAGAUGCAGAAAUAAAAUCUCAAUACAAUAAUUUUUAUUUAACCCUUGCACAUAGUAGGUUAUAAUUAAUUUAUAAUUAUUCCUUAAGUUAUAUAGAUUACAAACUAACGCAGUUAAUAGUGUUUAAGCUCUUACCUGCACCCAAUUAAAAUAAAAACUGCAACUAGUACAAAUAAAUUAAUUUAUUUAAA